AUGCCAAAUCAGCCUGAUGGAACCAUCGCCACCCUCUCCUCCGCGAGUCAAUCUUUCAUGUUCUACCUUGACGGUGACCGGAAGCAGGCCUACGGGGCUCUGCAGUGCGUUAGUGGAGACCAAUGGAAACUGGGCAGUCUUGACUUGACCAAGGAUGCUGCUGAGAGCACCAAAGACAGGCUCGUCCUUCGCGGCGUCAUCGGGGCUGAGCGGGUCAAACUGAUCAUUCCCAGCAACAGCGCACUCUCAAAGAUGGCACGCGACAAGGGCCUUCAGCACAUUCUCAAGCAGCCUGUCCGCGGCAAAAACUACUGCGUUAAGGCUUUGAACUUGGCCAGCUCGCUUCACCCGCGCGUCUUCACCUUUGUUCCGUGGCAUCAAACUGCUUCAGACAUUGUGAAGGCCUACCAGGAGGAGGUUGUUGCACGAGAGCGUAGUGCAUGGGAAGCAAAGCGCAAGCCUUACUUGGAAAAAUUGGCGCCCAAAUUGAAGAAGCUUGAAGAAGCCUCGACCGAAGGCCUGGACAGCCUCAUCGACAUGAUCUACGACAAGCACCCCCCAUUGAACAAGAAGCAUACCAAGCCCACUGCCGAGGGGAAAAAGCGCAUCCAACACGCCAUUCGGCACUACCACCCCGACAAGGGCAAUGUCUCUGAGGAGACCAAAGUGCUGCUCGAGGAAAUCACCAAAUUGUUGACGGCCCACCUGAACGCCGCCAAGGGGUUGUAG